AUGUUGAAUAACCGUGGUCGUGGUGGCUUUAGAGGACAAGUAAGAAGCAGAGGAAACGGUAGAGAUACAAUUAGGGAGGGCUCAGCUCCGAGCGUUGUUCGAUCAGAACCAACACCUGCUUCUAGUGCUUCUCGUGCUCCUGUAGUUAAUUCGAAGCAAGUAUCUGAACAUGCACCUGCAGCUGGUGCUAAUUCAAGUAAUGCACUCAUUACUAAAUCAACACCAGCACAUAUUUCUCAUAUUCAACCACAAGCACCAGCACCAGCACCAUCAAAUUCAGCAAUAUCAUUUUCAAUUCCCGCUGCUUCUGCUGAGACAUCUUCAUCGGGAAAUGAUAACAGAAUAUUAAUAUGCCCGAACGGAAAAGAGUUUACUCCAUAUGAUACUUCUAAAACAAUUUCAACCAUCAUCAAAUCCAAAUAUGAGAAACCAUGGACCGGAUGGAAUCAAAUCCCAAAAAAUGUGAGAAUGUUGUGGUUUGGAGAGUUUAAGGGACUUUUUAGAUGGGAUCCUAAGCACGAUCAGGCCAUUAAGAAGAUAUGGAGAAACAAAUGUGCAACCUAUGUACGCCAAAGCUUGAGUGACAUUCGUAGAGGCAAGUCGGUUGGGGCAUGGUUACCUGGAAAUGUGCUAAAGGCGCUUAAGGAGACCUGGGCAUCGGAUCCGAUUUUCCUGCACAAGUCAGAACAAAACAAGAAAAAUAUAGCUACUAAUCAAGAUGGUUAUUUGAAUCGAGGGGGUGCCAUUUCUACAUCUGAGCGAAGACGACGUUAU